AUGGGCCGCGCCGGCGGCCCCGCCGCGCCCCCGUGGCACUCGCUCCCGGACGAGGUCUGGGAGCACGCCUUCUCCUUCCUCCCCGCCGACGCCGACCGCGGCGCCGCCGCCUGCGCCUGCCACGGCUGGCUCCGCGCCGAGCGCCGCUCCCGCCGCCGCCUCGUCGUGCCCAACUGCUACGCCACCGACCCGCGCGACGCCGUCGACAGGUUCCCCUCCGUCCGCGCCGCAGAGGUCAAGGGCAAGCCGCACUUCGCCGACUUCGGCCUCCUGCCGCCCUCAUGGGGCGCCUAUGCCGCGCCCUGGGUCGCCGCCGCAGCCGACGGAUGGCCGCUGCUCGAGGAGCUUAGCUUCAAGCGCAUGUUCGUCACCGACGAGUGCCUUGAGAUGAUCGCGUCAUCCUUCAGGAACUUCCAGGUCCUGCGACUAAACUCUUGCGAGGGAUUCACCACCGCCGGACUCGCCGCCAUUACGGAAGGCUGCAGAAAUUUAAAAGAACUUGACCUGCAAGAGAACUACAUUGAUGAUUGUUCAAGUCAUUGGCUCAGCAACUUUCCAGAAUGCUAUACUUCUCUGGAAGCUCUGAAUUUUUCAUGCUUACACGGGGAGGUCAAUUUCACUGUACUUGAGAGGCUAGUAAGCAGAUGCCGCAACCUCAAGACUCUGAAGCUCAACAAUGCAAUCCCUCUUGACAAUGUUGCUAGCCUGCUUCGUAAGGCUCCGCAAAUAAUAGAACUCGGAACUGGCAAAUUCUCUGCUGACUAUCAUCCAGAUCUUUUUGCAAAGGUUGAAGCAGCAUUUGCAGGUUGUACAAGCCUUAGAAGGCUUUCUGGGACUUGGGACGCUGUUCCAGAUUACCUGCCAGCAUUCUAUUGUGUAUGUGAAGGCCUCACAUCUCUUAAUCUGAGUUAUGCCACCGUGCAAGGCCCUGAGCUCAUCAAAUUCAUUAGCAGAUGCAAGAAUCUGCUGCAGUUAUGGGUGAUGGACCUCAUUGAGGACCAUGGUCUAUCUGUUGUGGCAUCAAGUUGCAGUAAACUGCAAGAGUUGCGGGUCUUCCCUUCCGAUCCUUUUGGUCAUAACGGCGGGCAAGUUUUCUUGACAGAAAGAGGCCUUGUUGAUGUUUCUGCCAGUUGUCCCAAAUUGGAGUCAGUUCUUUACUUCUGCAGCCGGAUGACGAAUGAGGCUCUUGUUAUGAUUGCAAAGAACCGUCCAAACUUCACUUGCUUCCGCUUAGCCCUCCUUGAGCCCCGUUCUCCGGAUUACAUCACACGGCAGCCUCUUGAUGCUGGUUUCAGUGCCAUUGUUGAAUCAUGCAAGGGGCUUAGGCGCCUCUCUAUGUCUGGUCUUCUCACAGAUCUUGUAUUCAAAUCAAUCGGUGCACAUGCUGAUCGUCUUGAGAUGCUAUCACUCGCAUUUGCUGGAGACAGCGAUCUAGGCCUGAAUGACAUCCUCUCUGGCUGCAAGAGCCUGAAGAAGCUAGAGAUCAGGGACUGCCCGUUUGGGGAUAAAGCGUUGCUGGCAAAUGCUGCCAAGCUGGAGACAAUGCGAUCCCUUUGGAUGAACUCGUGCUCGUUGACCGUGGGCGGGUGCCGACUGCUUGCACUCAAGAUGCCUCACCUUACUGUGGAGAUAAUAAACGAUCCUGGAGAGACAUGUCCAGUGGAGUCACUCCCGUUUGAUAGCCCUGUCGAGAAAUUGUAUGUCUACCGGACUCUUGCAGGUCCAAGAUCUGACACACCGGACUGUGUCCAGAUUGUUUAGGGGAGACAAAUGGAACGGGGGGUACACUGGGUAUUCAUUUUCAAUCUUGUUGUGUACCUUCAGCACCUUUCUAGCAUAACAUAGAUCUUUAUUUUUUCCAUCAACUAGAAAGACCGUUGGUUGGAUAAAGCUACUGUGAAAUCUCGACUCGGCAAGAGUAGGAUGAGAGACUGAGGCCUUUUCAGGUGUUAAUAACUGUAGGAGGCUGGGUGGAUUACAGAAACUACUAGAUAGCGUCAUGAGAAAACCUUGGUUUGUUUUCUUUAGCGUGUUUUAGUUCUUUGAUGUAUAAAGAUUAUGGCACUAUUUCAAUCUUGUAAUGUAUUGUUGGACAAACUGUCCUGGAGCUGA